AAGCAGGAGGGAAGAAAAGAGGAGGAGGAGCAGGAAAAGGAGAGCACAAACCAAAAAGAGUUCAGAAGAUUGCUUCAUUACUUUCUUCCCAGCAGCUGGCUGAAGAUUGAGAGGAAGUUUUUGCAGAGACCUUGACACCUCGCAGUGGGAAUUGCAGCUCAGUGAGAGGAACGGUCUUUCUCUGCCUCCCUCGUCAGCGUUCGAUUCAAAAGCUGCUCCACUGGGGAGUUGUGCAGGCUCUGCUGCUGCUGCAGCCGUUGUUGGUGCACCUGGAGACCCCUGUCCUAGUCUGGCCCUGCUCAGCCAGCUGUGUCUUGGGUCGGACAGGAUGACGGGGUGUGCCAAACGCUGCAAGCAAGGUCUCAUCAAGUUUGCUCUGACUCUUCACAAACUGGUCACUGGGACUCUAAACAAAGACAAAGCAGAUGACGACUUGGAGAUGACUGUUGUGUGCCAUCGACCAGAAGGUCUCGAUCAGAUGGAAGCUCAAACCAACUUCAGUAAAAGAGAACUCCAAGUGCUCUACAGAGGCUUCAAGAAUGAAUGUCCCAGUGGAGUUGUCAGUGAAGAAACUUUCAAACAAAUCUACUCCAAGUUUUUUCCACAUGGGGAUGCCAGCGCCUACGCUCACUACCUGUUCAAUGCUUUUGACACUGGACACACAGGAUCAAUAAAGUUUGAGGACUUUGUCACGGCUUUAUCCAUCCUGCUAAGAGGUUCUGUCACAGAGAAACUCCAGUGGACCUUUAAUCUCUACGACAUCAACAGAGAUGGAUACAUCAACAAAGAGGAAAUGACAGACAUAGUCAGAGCAAUCUAUGACAUGAUGGGGAAGUACACAUAUCCUGUCCUGAAAACGGAUGCUCCCAAGCAGCAUGUGGAUGCCUUCUUUCAGAAAAUGGACAAAAAUCGAGAUGGUGUCGUCACACUUGAUGAAUUCAUCCUUUCUUGUCAAGAGGAUGAAAACAUUAUGAGGUCUCUGCAGCUCUUUGAAAAUGUCAUCUAAAUGACAAAUGUCAGGAGGGAGGUGG